AUAUCAUUAUAAAAGCGAAUCUGCUGUCACAAAGGCGACACUCUGUUGCUGUGUCGUAAGAUGGUGCACGCGUCGUGUUGGGUUAUUUUUUGCUUUAUUUGUGUGUUCAGCUAUGUCAAAGCAGCUAAGGCCGGUGGGUCACCAAAGGUAGUGACUCCAUCGGGCCCUAUAGUGGGGUCCUUGAUGACGUCACGCCGUGGGCGUCUCAUACACGCCUUCCGGGGCAUUCGCUAUGCGGAGCCACCCAUUGGAGAACUGCGGUUCAGACUGCCAAUAUUAAUAACAAAAUAUAAGGAAGAUGUUAAUGCAACAGCGGAAGGUCCCGCGUGCCCUCAAGAUGCUGACUCGGGGUACUUCCUUGACGAGGACUGUCUGAGACUAAACGUGUACAAACCGGGAAACAGAAACAGCACUUCCCUUUUACCCGUUGUGGUGUACAUCCAUGCUGGAGGCUACUACUCAGUAUCCGGAAGGUCGGAUGUCGCUGGGCCUCACUAUUUACUUGACAAGGAUCUGCUCCUCGUUACCAUUAACUAUCGCCUGGGUUCAUUGGGAUUCCUAAGUACAGGCGACGCAGAGGCACCUGGCAACAACGGCUUUAAAGACCAGGUGACGGCCCUUCGGUGGGUGAAGCGGAACAUUCAAUCAUUUGGUGGAGACGCCAAUUGCGUGACGCUGGUGGGUUACAGUGCCGGAGGAAUGAGUGUCGCAUUACACACCGUGUCGCCUAUGUCUAAAGGUUUGUUUCAUCGAGCAAUUUCCAUGAGCGGCUCUCCUUUCUCCCAAAUACCUCGCAGCCCGGACCUCUUGUCGCUGGCCGUGCGUCAGGCGCGUCUAGUCGAUUGUCCCGACUCCUCCACGAGAGCCAUUGUCGACUGUCUCAGAACCGUUCCUUGGAGACGACUCGGGGCCUCACUUAAAGGAUUUAGGGAUUUCUCAAUCGACCCAAUUAUAAUUUGGAGACCAGUGAUCGAGAGAGACUUUGGCCAGGAGCGGUUCUUGGCUGAGGAUCCGAUGGACAGCAUCAGGGAGGGCAGGAUAAGCUCGGUUCCUUUCAUCGUCAGUCAGACGAGAGACGAAUUCUUCUGGGAGGCUUUCUUGGUAUUGAAUAACUCUAUUUACACGUCCCUGAUCAACUCCGAUUGGUACCGAGUAUCGCCGAUUGCGUUCCUGCUGCCGUCACCCUCCGACCGCGCCGCUGCCAUUCUCAGAGAGGCUUACGUGGGAAAUCAGCCCCUCGAAAACAACACGAUUGAUGCCCGAAAUCUGGGGAACCUGUAUGGAGACGCAGUCAUCGGCUUUGGGGUUCACAGGUUGGUGAAUUUACUAUCGUAUCAGUCUCGGCCGAUUUACCGCUUCGUUUUCGAAUACAUUGGCAAUCGCAGCCACUACGAGGACCCUGCUACCAGGAAACCUGUAGGUGUGGCGCACCACGAUGAGCUGAUUUACCUGUUCUCUCUCCGAGUGGCCUUCGAAGACAUCCCACCAUCACCUUCUCACGACUCUGUCAUGGUGGACAAGUUGACAACUAUUGUCUAUAACUUUGCAUGUACGGGUGACCCGAACCCUCUCUGGGGUCCUUCUCCCCCCACAUGGACACCCUUUACCCCCUCCAACGGCACUCAUCUCUCUAUCUCGGAUCAAUACACGCUAGGACAAGAUUGGUAUAAAGAGAGAUAUCGCAUUUGGGAACGACUCUACCCUAUAGAUUAUAGUUUAGCUUCAUUGUUGUGCCGUCGGAAUUGCACCUCAAUCUACACAUCGCUAUAUAAGCGAUAUUUUCUCAACCCCACUCAGUUGAGGAAAAUGUGGCGUAUCGUGCUACUGUGUUUUGUGCUCGUCUGCGCAGCUGCACAUGAUCAUAAAAAUAACCGCGACCACGAACUAGGUGGACACGGCCACAAAGGUCACAACCAUGGUCACAAUCAUGAGCAUCAUGACCAUGAUAUUGUAGAUGGUCGCCCGGUGGUGCGCAGUCCUUCGGGUGAGUUUCGCGGAGGCUAUAACGUAACAAGAAAAGGACGUCACUUCGAGACUUACCGGGGUAUUCGCUACGCCGAGCCCCCUGUCGGACAACUUCGUUUUCAGCCUCCUCGACCGAUCACCCACUAUCCCACCCCGGUAGACGCACGCUCGGAUGGACCCGCUUGCCCCCUCCCCGCAGCUCCCACAUACCCCGUCGAUGAGGACUGCCUCACCAUCAAUGUAUAUACGCCUCUCACCACCGAUAGGAAAAAGCUAUUGCCGGUAAUAUUCUUCAUUCAUCCGGGCGGCUUCUAUGUUAUGACCGGUCGUUCAGAUCUCGCGGGACCGCACUACCUCUUGGACAGGGAUCUGGUUCUAGUCACCAUCAACUAUCGCCUCGGCUCACUAGGAUUCCUCAGCACUGGUGACGCAGUGGCUCCGGGCAAUAACGGGUUUAAAGACAUGGUGGCAGCCUUGCGAUGGGUCAAUCGGAACAUUCGGGCAUUCGGAGGAGAUCCCGACAACGUCACGGUGGCCGGCUGUAGCGCCGGAUCCAUCAGCGCCAUGCUCAUGAUGGUAUCGCCCAUGGCCACAGGUCUAUUUCACCGAGCAAUAUCGAUGAGCGGCUCCCCUGUGGGAAAAGAGCCUCUGCCUAGUGAGCAGCGAUACCUGGCGGUUCGUCAGGCAGAACUGCUUAAUUGCCCGACUCACAGCUCACAAGCUAUCGUCGAUUGCCUUAAGACUAAGCCUUGGCGGGACCUAGGGAACUCGCUUAAUGGAUUUUAUGAAUUCGGAUUCGACCCAGUGGGUAUCUGGACAGCCGUAAUCGAGCCCGACUUCGGGCAAGAAAGGUUUCUCACAUCUCAGCCCGAUGAGGCCAUUCGAGAGAAGAAAUUGUAUGCCGUGCCUCAUCUCGUCAGUCAGACACAGGACGAGUUCUUUUGGAUGGCAUUCACCGUGACUCGCAACGACACCCUCCGAGAGCAGAUGAACUCGGAGUGGGAGAGAGUGGCCCCUAUCUCCUUCCUGCUCCCGCGGAAGAACGCCGAAGUUCCGAUGCGCACCCUUCGUCGGGUGUACCUUAAGGAUCGUCCUCUGAAGAACGAUGAAACCAGCGAACACGACCUUGGAAGACUCUACGUCGACUCUGUUGAGGGUCUUCCUGUCUACAGAAUGGCGAAGCUGAUGACCCUGCACUCACCGCAACCCGUUUACGAGUACGAGUGGGGCUACAUCGGGAACCACAGCCAUUACGAGGACCCCAAAACUAUGAAACCCCAAGGAGCGGCGCACCACGAUGAGCUGAUCUACCUGUUCACUCUACCUUACCGAUUCCCUGCCAUUGGCCUCGAAGGCCGCGACGCUGUAAUGGUCGACCGCAUGACUGCGCUCUGGUACAACUUUGCCAGAUACGGAGACCCGAAUCCUCGAGGUGACACGCCAGAGUUGGGCGAAUUGGUCUGGCCCAAGAUGACGUCAGACGACAUGACGUAUGUGCGCAUCGAUAACGACUUCUCCCUGAGGAAGGACCUGUUCAAGGAUAAAGUCGGAGUAUGGGAUGAAUUGUAUCCUAUGAAAUAUUAAUGAUACUUUUUUAAUGUGGUCUAAAAGGAUGUAACGAGGAGACAAUUAAAUAUAGGUAUUUUUUUAAAUAAUAAAGGCAUAUUCAAAGUU